UAUCUGACCACCCUGGCCUAUAAAUAAUCGAAAAACGCUUGCAACAACAUCAGAGGCUUAGCACAAAACAAAACAAAACAAAACAAAACAAAACAAAACAAAACAGACUAAAUGGAUAACAGGAAUAACAGGGGUUCCAUAUACUGUUACAUGUGGAUCCAUGCGGAUCCCUACGAGUAACUAGUAUUUAAAUACACAAGGCCGCGCCAGGAAACGCUGGGGAAUUCCGUAAUUUUUAACGGGAAACUGGCGCGUUCUCGGCUUGUUGGAGAGCCGUUUGGUUUGGUAAUAAUCCUGUUGGGUUUAACGUUUCGUAGCCAAGUGUGCGGAGGAAACGGAAGCUGUUUGGGAAAUAUUUGACAAAAAUACCUGUACAAUUGUUCAGAUUGUUGCGCUGUAAGAAACGUGAUCAUGUUCCAGUGGCCAAUCGUCAGUGUAUUGUCACUUUAUGGGUUUAUUUUACAGGUCUUCUGUUCCGUUCCUCCGCCAACUAACCUCACCCUGAAUUGUCAUAAUUUUCACAAUGUCCUGUACUGGAAUUACAGUGAACCAAGUCUGCAGCCAUUAUUCAUUGUAACUAUUCGGAACUAUGAAGGGCCGCGUCAGUUAGUGAAUACCUCUAAGAACUACCUGGACAUCAGCUCGUACACUCAGGACGCUGACGAUGCAUACUUUGUGUCAGUGGUAGCUACGUUGAAUGAGUCUGCCAUCCAUAGUUCAGGCAGAUCCACCCAGUUCACCUAUGGCGAGUUUUCAUCCAAGACCAAAUGUACAGUGGACUUUCCACCCUUGAACAUUUCAGUCUGGUCACGCAGAUUUGAAAUAAAUUAUCGUCAUCCUUUUUAUAUCUAUGGCAUUGAAACACUGAAUGACACUUUCAUAUACUCUGUUGAAUAUAAUGAGACUGAGAGCACAAUAUACAGUUGUCUUGUAACAGAACUUGUCUGCACAGAGAAGAUGCACCUUCCCGAAAGCCUUUAUGGCAGUUGCAUGAUGGUACAUUUCAAAGGGUCUGUUAAAGGCAUACAAACAGAUAUUUCUAGAAAUGUUUGCAGUGACAGACUAGAUCCUAAUGAAAAAGACUGGACAACUAUUAUAACCACUUUAGUAUGUAGUGGGAUUGUUGUUAUAAUGAUAAUAGUAGUAGGAGGUGUGCUGUACAAGAAGAGGACUCAGAUUAAGCCUCAAAACUCUGUAAUCUCCAAAUUCCUGAGCAUUGUGAGAUCUGAUCAUGCCAUGAUAGUGCCCGAGCAGCCUACUCUGUGUGCAGUGACGUCUGUAGGCCAUAUCCCACUGCUGCAGACCCCAGAUGAUGUGCCCACCCCCACCAACAUCUCACCUACAGACGUUACCCACUUUCCCAUUGACUCAAUUCCUAACAUGGAGUCAUCAGGGAGCCAGGAGCCUGAAAGUAUGGUGGAAGAGGAAGAGUCUGAGGAUGCUAAAAGCUCCACAGGCUAUGACUGUGGCAAGUUUCUUGUUGUCAUGAGCCCAGGAGACACUGUAGAUGCUUAUGGGCCAAGACAAGCUUAAGGCUUGGUCUGAAUUGAGACUGUUUACUAGAUGUGAGUAAUAUGGAGUGAUGACACAUGAUUUAGUAAAGCUCAGCAAGUAGCAUUACCAGUAACAGGAAUGGUGUAGGAGCUUACAUUCAGUAUAAUUUUUGCUGUAUACUGAUUGCAAAGUAUAUUUAUAAGACAUUUUUUCCAUAUGUUGUUUAGUGAGAAAAUGAAACAAUGGUGGUGAUGUAUUUGGAGUCACCAAAAUACUAUAUACGUUUCUUCAGCUUAGUUAGGGUUGGGCAUUCUCAUUCAGACCCAGUACCAUCAGCUGGUUGGCUAUGCUUUUACCUUCUGUUUUCCCCAAUUAAAAAAGAAAAAAAAAGAUAAGACUGAUAUACACUGGGUGCCACUGUGUAAUACAUUUCAAAAUUACUCAGAAAAGUGGAAAUCAAAGAUACAAUUUCAGAUGCACUUCUGCAGUGCGACUAUAAAUCCAGUAUAAUUGCAAUGCAAACAUGGAUGGUAUCUUUUGAAAGUCACAAAACAGAAAUAAAAAUGACUGAAAGAAUCCACCAUAGAUUGAUUAUUAGAAUCAAAUUUCUUUAUCUUUGUUUGAUUUAUAUUAUAGAAAAUGAAUUUUGUUUCAUACAAAAAGGUAUGAAUCAAAUCAUUUUCUUUGUUAUUGGAUUGCAGCCUAAUUUUGUCUGAAAUUUUGACCUUGUAUAUUUGAAAUCAUGUUUUUUUGUUUGUUUGUUUGAGGGGUGAAUUGGUUAGUUUGGAAAAAUCAUUGGAUGGAAAGAAAAGCAGGAAAGAAACUUGAGAAGCCUUGAGUUUGAUAGGAAUUGAAUAUCAAUUUGAUUACUUUGAAGAGAAAUGUAAUUUUUUUUUCAUGAGAUUCUCACCAUCCUAGUGACACAUGCCAUAGACAAUUAAUCUCUUUUAUACCUGGUUAAAUAUAGAAAUGGAUAAAUUAGCUGCAUGUCCAUAUGUGAGUCAAUGGAAAGCCAUAAGAAACAAGAGUUUGGCGCAUGAUGCAGGACUCAGUACCCCUCCCCCUUGACUGAUGGCCAUAACAGAAUGUCUGGUAUUUUAGGACCUUUUAACUUGUCAGUCUUGAACAUUAUAUUCUCAGACAAGGAGGACAAGGAGGCUGUCAAGCAUUUUUCAGACUGAAAGUUUCACUUUCAGUUAACUUGUGUAGUGUGAGAUGGGAAAAUCCCUGCAAAAAUCACUCGUGGUGUGUUUGUGCUCUUUUUUCUUUUCUUUUUUUUUCUUACGAUAACGAAAAGAAAAUUGUAGUGUCUUUCCAGCCAGGGUGAAAGCUGUAUUUGAUUUUUCAUGGGUUUUUUCAUGACAUUUCAUCUUAAUGCAAAGGUGCUUUCUGCCAUUGAAUUAGGUGUGGUGGUUGUUGUUAUUAAUAAUGACUGCUGUGAACAAUUGAGUGGUUGCAAGUUAUAUAAAAUCUAUUACCUAGUAUUUAAAACAGCAAAUUAUGGUAGGCUUUGUCAGUGAACAUAUUAAUAUCAUAGAAACUUCUGCAGUUGUUCCUAUUCAUUCCUAAAGCACUUCCUAAAAAUGCUUGGAAAAUGUUAAUUUCUAUAUCUAAAUGAAAUGCAUUAAUACAUUAAAGAUUUAUGUACAGUGAAUUGGGUGUGCUUAUAUUUGUACUGUACAAUUUUACAUGGAGUCUCAUCACCCUCAUGGCAUUAUGAAAAAUACUUUUUGUGCCUUUUUGCUUUGUGUACAGCAUGUGUGCCUGACCUUGUGAACCUACCGAAGUUUCACUAGAAUCUGGACAAAGCUUCUGAAUUCCUUGCCUGUUAAGCAAAUUGUAAUUCAUUGCAUGAUUAGACAAAUAUCUGCAAAGUAACCAAUUGCUGUAUACCUUUACAUUAUCUUGUUUGGAUUUAAUGUUUUAGCACUUUUACUUAAAUUUGGCACCUUUUUAAUAUAAAACAUUUUAAUUUGUUUGUUUGAUAUAGUAUUGUCAUUUCAGAAGUGCCCAUCCUGAUUGUUUUCUCUCCUUUCAUGUGAUACUGUGACAGACGUAACAUUUUUAUAAAUGAGUUUUUGACAGUUUAGCAAGAACUAGAGCUUGCUAACUUUUAUUGUGCAUUUGUUACAAUUUUGUACAUUUACCAGACCUUUGAUGGAUAAAACCAAGUACCCAUAUUAUUCAUGUAAGUUGUUUUGUUUUAUACGCUUUCUGUGAUAUUGCCACUGUGAAAUAAAUAUCCAUACAAUAA